GGUUCUCUGCCCUGGAUUUGAUGAUGGGUUUGGUUCCGCCACGGAAGACGACCACGACUUUUUGGGGACCUCCAAGGCCUCUUGUUCAUGUUCUCUCAAUGCAGGUUUGCCAUGUUAUAAUACAUAUUCAGGAGGGGUCCCGCUUUGAUACUCAACUGCUGAAGAUGUUUCGAGUAUUGCAAGCCGCCAAGCAUGCUUUGGCUCCAUUUGUGAGAUCCCAAACAACAUCUGGAUUGCCAUCUAGGCCGGCUUCGUCGUCGUCCUCACGAUCAACCACAUCGACACCUGCCUCGAAGAGUUUAUCUCCCGUAUUGACUCGUAACGCUUCUGUGGUGUCGCUAAUGCCAGGUCACACCACCCUUCCCGAUUGUAUUAGCAACAUGCCCAGUUAUACAAUUCGAGAAGAACCCCACCAAAAUUGAUAAUUAUGGUAUUUGGUUGCGUUAUCAAGACUACAACUGUCCCUGCCAAGCUUUGCAAGAGAGAGAGCACAAAAUAAUUCCAUAACUCGAAGCUGAAGACCACAUACAGGCAUCAAGGCUCAACUUGUUUAUGUAACUUGGUCAUUUGACGAUCAAACUUUUAACUUGUUUAUGGAAUGUACAUUUUUGUUCAAUAAAUUGAUU